AUGGCCGAAGCGAUGUCGGAUGACGCGAGGAAACGCGCUUUGAAAACCCUCCGAACAAAGAGGACUGUGCGGAGGAACAAGGCCCGGGAGGAUCUCGGCAGUGUAGAAGAUCUACACACGGAGAAUCCUGUGUUCCCGGCCGACAGACGUGCUGAGGAGUUGGUUAUCAUCAUGACGAAGCACUUGGACCAGAUUCGCGAGUUCGACCGAGAAAUACUCCAGCUCUUGACGGAGACAGAGGUCGAGGCCGACGUGGAGGCCAGCGAAGAGUUCAUCGUCGAGAUCGAGUCCGGUAUUGCCGCCAUCCAGGCAGUAAUCAUACAGAAGUCCAACCACGAGGAGCGGUUCAUGUGUUUCGUGGCCAAGAGACAAGAAGCGACGCCGGUUGAGAGAUUGAUGGUGCUCAGGAAGUACGUUUCCGGUGCGCCAGCAAGGAUAAUUCAUGCACUCGAGCUGACCGACGCAAAUUACCAGGUCGCUCUUGAUGCCCUCAAGGAAAAUUACGCUCGCACGGAUAACGACAAGCAGCGGAUUCUAUCCGAACUCAGAAACCUUCCUCGAGUUCUCCGCUAUAGCGAUCUGCCAGCGCUGCGAAACCUGUUGACGCUCUUGCAAACCAAUAUCGCAACCCUCGCCUCCAACGGGAUCCCACUCGAAGAAUUUGCGCUCUCUCUGCGCUCGGCGAUCGAGGCCGCUCUGCCUAUUCGCCUGCGGCAGGAAUUCAAAGAUGCUCGACGUCUCGAAAGGAGACUUCACUCGCUCUCAAGUGGAAGCCGAGAGAGUUCGAUCGCCGGCGAGCAGACGGAGACGAAUCCGGGCAACAACAUUAGCGAAGACAACGGUAACGGUGGCUCGGUGUCGGGUGAGGCGGCGUCGGAGGUCAGAAAACUCAUCCAGUUCGUCCGUGACCGGGUCCGUGAUUGGGAGGAUAACCUCUAUUUGGACGACCGUGCGCCUGGUGCAGUGACAGAGACAUCCGAAGGCCAAUCGAAUUUGAGGGACUUCCGACGUCGACCAAGGAGCACCGUGGCUUAUCUCGCACCGGGGAGGAACGCGUCAGCUGGUCCAGGGUACCGCCCGAGGUCAUGCUUGUUCUGCCGAUCGGCAGAGCAUAAUUCGUCGAAGUGCACUGCUGACCUUACGCUCGCGAAGAGAAAGGAGAUCCUAGAGGCGCAGCAGCGAUGUGUGAAGUGCUUCAGACAGCGACACGCGAACGCAAGUCAGUGUCGCGGUCCCAGAGUACCGUGUUCCAGGUGCUCAACGCGACAACAUUACUCGUCCAUGCAUCCAGCCGCCCCCGUCGUUCCGACACCUCCGCAUGUGCGCACGGACGGUGGGGUCAGCGCUGUCACUGGGGCUUUCUCCGACCGAACUGUGGGUGGCGUGAGCGCCGACACCGGGGCUCUUCUUCUGACUGCCUCGGCGUACGUGAUCAACGGCGGAGUCAAGAUACCCAUCCGGGUUUUCGUGGAUCCAGGAAGCACCCUCACCGUCAUGCUCCCAUCGUUGCGAGCCAUGCUUCGGGAUGCUCCCGUCGGUAUCAACAGUCUCACCAUCCAGACGUUCUCAUCCACCCUUGCGACGAAAGAAGUUCCAUUGUACAACAUGCGUAUCGCUCACGUGAAAGGUGGCCCGCCGAUUGAACUGCUCGCGCACGAGUACGAGUUCAAUGUGGACCCGCAGAACACCUGCUCCGAGGCGGUAAUGCAGACUUUGGCGAAGUUCGAUCGCACAAGGCCUCUGGCCGACCGAUGUUACGUUGGAGAGUGGUCUCGGAUGCAACCGGCAGUUCUCCUCGGCAUGAACCAAAUCAACAAGAUCAUGACUCGCGAGGCCCAGGAGCAUGUAGUCGACGACAUUCUCGCAUAUCCUUCGAAGCUGGGAUGGUUAGUAGGUGGAUCGAUUCCCCUUGAACAAAAUCACGUUAAGGGGAAGAUCACCUCCACCCAAAUCGUCUGCUGUUCUUCCAAGCUGUCAAACCGCGAAGUGAAACCGCUCACUCAUGCGGCGAAGGAUCUCGAGACCCUGUGGAGUCUUGAAGCAAUCGGAAUAAAUGAACCCUCCUCGAGUCCGCAACUGUCUGCUGACGACGAAGAAGCUCUCCGACAGUUCAACCAGGGAAUCUCCUACGAGGAUGGUCGAUACUCUGUGUCCUUUCCUAAGAGACCAAGCAUCUCGCAGCUUCCGAAUAAUCGACUGGGAGCGGAGCAACGUCUCGCGAGAAAGGUGUCUCAUCUGCUGCGGGAUCCGGAUAAGCAUCGACGGUACCAUUCCGAGCUCAUGAAAUUCGUGGAGGAAGGGUUCGCUGUCGAGGUCCGGGACUCGGGAUGUGCCCAUAGUUCCGCGGUUGACGGAUCGUACUUCAUGCCUCAUCACGAGGUCAUCACAUCUUCCGGCGGCAGGGACAAAUGGCGUAUAGUGUUCGAUUGCUCCGCUAAACAAAAGGGCGCGACGUCGUUGAAUGAUCAUUUGAUACCCGGUCCAAACCUCAAUCCGGAUCUGGUCUCACUCCUCCUCAACUUCAGGUCGCAUCCCGUCGCUCUCUCCACGGACAUAUCGCGCGCAUACAUGAGGAUCGCCAUCACACCUGAAGAUCAGCCCCUGUUCCGGUUCAUUUGGCAGGCUCCAGGCUCGAGCUCCAUCAAGACAUACCAGAUGCGACGUGUCACGUGGGGAGCAGCCUCGUCCGGAUUCCUUCUCGCAGCGACGGUCAGACAUCACCUGAAGAAGGGAAAUCUCGCGACACAGGAGCUUUCUAAAUGCCUGUAUGCCGACGAUGUUCUACAGAGUUUCGAGAAUAUCGACCGUGCGCGCCUGUUCGUCGAUACAGUCCGUGAAUCGCUCAAGUCAGCUGGCAUGAGCCUUGCGAAAUGGAAGACUAACUCCGAUCAGCUGAGGAACCAUUUGCUUAGCACUGGCGUCAGGCCUGACGAGUUCGACUCGUCGAGCUCGGAGUUCUUGAAAGUUCUGGGAAUCUCAUGGUGUCCGUCACAGGAUGUGUUUUCGUUCAUCACACCUGCCUUGUUCGACGGCCCAGGACCCGAAAGUUCUCCAUCUAAACGUCAAGUGCUGAGUGUUGUGGCUUCCCUCUACGACCCGCUCGGUUGGUUGACUCCAUUCACCUUACGCGGUAAAAGGAUAAUUCAACAAUUAUGGUCGUCCAACCUGAAUUGGAAUGAUGCGACUCCGGAGGUCAUACGGAUCGCCUUGGGCCAAUGGAUGUCCGAGAUCAAACAGCUUCGGGACUUCAGAUUCCCCCGCCGCUACUCAUGUCGAAAGGACGCUCCCAUCGCUCAUUGGCUCCAUGUUUUUGGAGACGCAUCGACCAUUGCGUAUGCCGCCGGAGCCUACAUUGAAUCUCGGUUCGCGGAUGGCUCAUCUGAAUUCGCGCUGGUCAUGACGAAAUCUAGACUAGCUCCACGCGAUUCACCCUCGUUGCCAAGGUUGGAAUUGCUGGCGUCUGUCAUCGCAGUCCGUCUCAAGAAAUUUCUGACGCAGCGCCUCGACCUCGAAUUCGAACGCGUUCUGUUCUACACCGAUUCUACCAUCGCAUAUCACUGGGCAACGUCGUCAAAUCCAGGAAGUUGGAAACUAUUCGUCAGCAAUAGAGUGCAAGAAAUUCAGAGAGAUUCUCGCCAAGAAGAUUGGUUCCAUCUAAGUGGCGAGCUGAAUAUCAUUGACUUCGCUACACGCGGUGUUUCGGUUGGUGCUUUGAUCGAAAACUCCGAGUGGUGGUUCGGGCCGAAAUGGCUCAGGUUACCCAUCGAGCAGAGACCGCUGUCCCAGCCGCAACGGAGCUCCAUCAGUUUGGAAUCCGUGUCUCCAGAGAGACGUCAAGUCGUCGCUCUCGCCACCGCGGCUGAGACAUUCAUCGACCUCGAGCGGUUCGGAACGGCCAGCAAGGCCACGAGAGUCGUCGCGUAUGUUCUCCGGUUCAUUCACAUUGUUCGCGAGAAAGAGGUUCCAGCGAGAAAGUUGCUCUAUCGUGAGGCGGAAUGCAUCCUCAUUGGACAGACUCAGCGCCAGUUCUUACGGGAGGAGAUCGAGUGUACUCGUGCCGGUGAGCGGGUCCCCAGCGCAUCCAAGCUGGCUGCCUUCCAAUUGUUCAUCGAUGACCGGGACCUUCUCCGAAUAAGAACGCGUCUCGGACCGGCGCCGCAUCUUACAUACGACGAAAAAUGCCCAAUCGUUGUCCCCCAUCAAUCGCGUCUAGCCAAGUUGCUCAUCGUCGACGCGCAUCGGGUUAAUGCCCACUUCGGAGUUAACACCGUGUUGAAUCAACUCCGCAGGCGUUUUUGGAUUAUCCGUGCCCGUCAGAUCAUAAAGUCGAUCCUUCGCCAGUGUGUGGUAUGUCGCCGACGUCAGGGUGCGCCAGCGUCUCAAGUUGAGGCGCCUCUCCCGGAGUCGCGAUCUACCCUGCUCGCUCCGUUCUCGGUCGCGGGUGUGGAUUUCUGCGGACCGUUCUACACAAGGCUUCGCGCCGAUACAUUCAAGACCUACGUGGCGCUGUUUACCUGCACGGUGACUAGAGCACUCCACCUAGAAACCGUGCCUUGUAUGUCGGCUCCCCAAACUCAUCUCGCUCUUCGCCGUUUUCUUGCGACCUAUCCAAAUUGUCAAGGGUUCAUCUCGGAUAACGGGAGUAGUUUCGCAAAAUGCUCCACCGACAUCAAACGAGUGUUCAACACCGCAAAGAGGGCGGAUGUGACGGAGUUUCUGCGGGGCCGGGAGAUCGAGUGGACCUUCAACUGCGCUCGCUGCCCAUGGAGGGGCGGAGUGUUCGAAAGAAUGGUUGGUGUACUGAAAUCGGCCCUGGCUAAAACCCUUGGCAGGAAUCUCAUUGGGUAUGAAGAGUUCCGAACAGUCCUCUGCGAGCUGACUGCCACAAUCAAUGAUCGUCCGAUAACACACGUGGCCUCUGAGAGCGAUGUGCCGAUCGCUCUCACUCCGGCCCACUUUGUGCGGUGCGUCCCUCACGUUCCUGCGAUCGCUCCCAUGAUCCCGAUCGAUUCCCUGGGGGGCGGCGAGGUAGCCUCCGGCGACGACUUACGCAAAGCCCACGCCGUGAGAACCAAUUUCUUCAGGAGUAUAUCAGUUCGAUGGCACCGCGAGUACUUGCUCCUGCUACGUUCGUCCAUCGCAACUCGCGGUCACCAAGCGUCGCCCAUACGUUUGGGAGACGUUUGCCUCUUACGCGACGACAAUCAGCCUCGGAUCCGGUGGCGCCUGGUGCGCAUUCUUGAGGCUCACCCCGGCCGCGACGGAAAAACGCGUACGUACACCGUCAUGUUUGAGAACAGACGUCAAUCCCGCCGAGCAGCCCAGCUGCUGAUCCCGUUGGAGCUAAGUAUCGAAGACGAGGAUGCCACAGACGCUCCGACAUCAGAUUGA